AUGGAAAAUCAAACAGUUAUGAGUAGCAGAUGCAAUUAUGUGGUGGGAUGCUUACCAGACUUCGUUGCCCGAGAAGUCUCUGAUUUAAUAUACACCCGACCGUCCACCGAUCCGUACGAUGCUCUCAAAGCAGCUAUCAUUUCUCGUACCGCUUACAGCGGUGAGCAGAAUCUGCGGAAGCUUCUCUCCGGUGUUGACGUCGGCGAUAAAACACCGUCACAACAUCUCCGCCACAUGAUGCACCUGCAAGGUAAGCAUCCGGUCAACGAUGCGGUUUUGAAAGAAAUUUGGCAACAAAGCCUGCACAUCGAAGUUUGUAAAGUCAUUUCCGUAAUCGAGCAAGGUUCUUCCUUGGCGAAGUUAGCCGAGGUGGCUGAUCGCGUCCAUGAAACCUGCGGACAAUUCGUGGUCUCUAACGUUCAGCAACAAUCCACUUCGCACUCUAACAUGAAGGUCGAGUUCAGUGCAAUGAAAGCUCAAUUUUCUGAGUUAUCCCUCCAACCGAAUGAAGUCAUGAGACCCGUUGGUCGCCCUUAA